AGCGACGCGCGGGCACGAUGACGCGCACGCAGGCAAGCGCCUCCCACUUCGCCGACGGCCGCUCGGACGGGAUCCGCGGACCGAAAUCGGACGAACGGACGCUCCCGCGAGUGGUGCCGCCGCCCCCCCCGCCCCACUCCUGGCUCUUCCUCCUCCUCCUCCUCCACCUGAAGAACCGGCCGCCACCGCAGUCGCUCGUUCCGAACCCUCCCCGGUGCCGCCGAGGCACGUCACCGGGUACCGUCCGGCCAGCCCAAAGCAAGCAAGCGUUUGCCCGCCGCCCGCUAGCCGGUCGGCCGGCCGGCCAGCUAGCUCGCUCGCUCGCGAAGCCGUCAAGUGGCUAACCGCUUGUUAGCAUGGCGCGGCUAGCGGUCCGAGCGUCCAAUUAGCCGCCUAGCUGGCCGGCUAACGGCUAGCUCGCGGCGUCGCGCCUGGCGGGCGCGGAGGAUGCUUUAGGCUGGAUGUGCCGAGGCUCCUCGCUCCGCCGGAACCGCCGCCGCUCGGCCGCCGUCCACGUAAAGCCACCCGAGCAGCCAAGCCCCGAAGCUCCCGCCCCACGCCCCCCAACAACAACACCACCACCGCCACCAUGCAGGCGGCCCAGCAGCAGUACGACUUCUUCAGCGACGACAACGCCGCCAAAUGGCGAGGCCUGCUGGUUCCGGCUCUGGACAAGGUGCUGAAGCAAGUGCACCCUAACCUGGUGUCCCAGCAGGAGGCGCUGCAAUACAUCGAGGAGCUGAUCCUGCUGCUGCUCAGCAUGCUGUGUCAGGCUCAGCCCCGCAGCGUGCAGGACGUGGAGGAGCGGGUCCAGAAGACCUUCCCCCACCCCAUCGACAAGUGGGCCAUCGCCGACGCCCAGGCCGCCAUCGAGAAGAGGAAGCGCAGGAACCCGCUGGCGCUGCCCGUGGACAAGAUCCACCCGCUGCUGAAGGAGGUGCUGGGCUACAAGGUGGACCACCAGGUGUCGGUCUACAUGGCGGCCGUGCUGGAGUACAUCUCGGCCGACAUCCUCAAGCUGGCGGGGAACUACGUGCGCAACAUCCGCCACUACGAGAUCUCGCAGCAGGACAUCGCCGUGGCCAUGUGCGCCGACAAGGUGCUGAUGGACAUGUUCCACCAGGACGAGGACGACGUCCCGCCGACGGACGAGGAGCCGUCGGCCGACGAGGAGCAGAGUUACCACGAGCUGGUGCGCGGCUUCAUGGCCGACGGGCGCCACUUCCUGCGGCAGCUGGAGCUCCUCAUCAAGGUCUUCCGAGAGCCCUUCAGCGCCAACGCUGCGCUCUUCUCGCAGCACGACGUGGAGGGCAUCUUCAGCCGCGUGGCGGACGUCCACGAGGCCACGGCCAAGAUGCUGGGCCUGCUGGAGGACGCCGUGGAGAUGACGGACGACGGCAGCCCCCACCCGCUGGUGGGCAGCUGCUUCGAGGACCUGGCCGAGGAGCUGGCCUUUGACCCCUACGAGACGUACGCUCAGGACGUGCUCCGCUCCGGCUUCCAGCAGCACUUCCUCAGCCAGGUCACCAAACCCGGCGCGGCCUUCCACUUGCAGUCCAUCUGCGAAGGCUUCAAGGAGGCCGUGCAGUACGUCCUGCCCCAACUGCUGCUCACGCCCGUCAACUACUGCCUGCACCUCUUUGACAUCAUCAAGCGCCUGGAGGAGAAGAGCGAGGACGAGGAGGACAAGGAGUGCCUGAAGCAGGCCGUCACGGCUCUGCUCAACCUUCAGAGCGGCGUGGAGAGGAUUUGCUCCCGCGGCCUGGCCAAGCGCAGACUCAGUGAGUCGGCGUGCCGCCUGUCCGGCCGGCAGAUGAAGGGCAAACACUCGGCCGUCAAGAAGAUGAACGAGAUCCAGAAGAGCAUCGACGGCUGGGAGGGCAAAGACAUCGGCCAGUGCUGCGACCGCUUCAUCAUGGAGGGGACCCUGACCCGAGUGGGCGCCAAGCACGAGCGCCGCAUCUUCCUCUUCGACGGCCUCAUGAUCUGCUGCAAGUCCAACCACGGGCCGCCGCGCCUGCCCGGCGCCGGCUCGGCCGCCGAGUACCGCCUCAAGGAGAAGUUUUUCAUGCGCAAGGUCCGGAUCAACGACAAGGACGACAAGGAGGGCGAGUACCGGCACGCCUUCGAGAUCGUCCCGAAGGACGGCAACGGCGCGGUGUUCGCCGCCAAGUCGGCCGAGGAGAAGAACGGCUGGAUGGCGGCGCUGGUCUCGCUGCAGUACCGCGGCACGCUGGAGAGGAUGCUGGACGCCGCCGCGCUGCGGGAGGACCGGGACCAGCGCCCGCGCCUGCCGCCGCCCCGCCUCUACCGCUUCGCCCAGCCCGACUCCGAGGAGAACGUGGUCUUCGAGGACGGCGCCCAGUCCGCCUCGGGCAUCCCCGCCGUCAAGGCCGGCACCGUCCUCAAGCUCAUCGAGAGGCUCACCUUCCACAUGUAUGCCGAUCCCAAUUUUGUCCGAACAUUUCUGACGACCUACAGAUCUUUCUGCAAACCGCAGGAGCUGCUGGAGCUGCUCAUGGAGAGGUUCGACAUUCCCGAGCCCAGGCCCGACGACGCCGAUCACCCGGACGGAGGAGAGCGGCCCCUCGGCGCGGAACUCAAGCGCUUCCGCAAAGAAUUUGUGCAGCCCGUGCAGCUCAGGGUUCUCAACGUGUGCCGCCACUGGGUGGAGCACCACUUUUAUGACUUUGAGAGGGACGUGGCUCUGCUGGGGCGGCUGGAGGACUUCAUCGCGUCGGUCAGAGGUGAGAACCUCACCCCCAAUAUAUUUUGUUUUUUUUUUUUCCUUCAGCAAAUUCCGAGUCGCCAGAGGAAGAUUCUCGAAGAAGCUCACAAGCUGAGUGAAGACCACUACAAGAAAUAUUUAGCCAAACUGCGCUCCAUCAACCCCCCCUGCAUCCCCUUCUUUGGCAUCUACCUGACCAACAUCCUGAAGACGGAGGAGGGCAAUCCGGACUUCCUGCUGCGCCGCGGCAAAGCUUUGAUCAACUUCAGCAAGCGCAGGAAAGUGGCGGAGAUCACGGGUGAGAUCCAGCAGUACCAGAACCAGCCGUACUGCCUGCGGGCGGAGAGCGACAUCAGGAAGUUCUUCGAGAGCCUCAACCCGACGGAGGAGCUGUGCGAGAACGACUUUGGCGAUCGUCUGUUCAACAGGUCCCUGCUCAUCGAGCCUCGCAACGCCCGCACGCUGCCGCGCUUUGCCAAGAGGUACACGUGUCCCCUGAAGUCUCCGGGCAUCCGUCCCACGUCGGCGCCGCGUCCCGGCGCCGCGUGCCACCCGACGCCGCUGCAGAACGAGCCGCGCAAGAUCAGUUACAGUUUCGAUUCGCCGCGGGCGCCCGGCAGCCCCGCCCACUCCACCGGCAACGCCGUCUUCGGCCCGAUCUGGCCGCCUCGCGGCCCACGGUCGUCCUCGGUGUCGUCCGCGGUCUCCUUGGGCCGCCUCCCCGACGACGUCCCCCCGCCGCCGCCCGUGCCCCCUCGCAGAAGGAACGAGUCGGCGCCGGCGGAGUCGUCCCCGUCCAAGGUUCCGCUCCUCCGCCUCUUACUUCCGAUGACGCUUUUCGCCAUUGCCGUCGUUGUGACCGCGCCCGUCGUCGGGACCCUUUUUGGCUUGUGCUCAGAUCCGCCGGCCCAGGCCUUCUUUCCCGCCGCAUCCUGCCCGGGCCCCGCCUCGCCUUCCUCCGUCAGCCCCUCCCCGGUCUCCGGGAGGAUGCCCCUCCCCUCCCCGCCGCCGCCGGACGGCCCCCCGGUGCCGCCUCGCCACGGCGUGCCAAAGCUGCCGCCCAAGACCUAUAAGAGGGACUCUCUGAGCCACGCCCCCCCGCUGGAUACGCCCCCUGCACUGUGAGGCAGGGGGCGUGGCCGGCAAGUGCGACGUCGCCCCCGCCGAGGAUUGUCAAGCUUCAGGUACCAGAACCAAAGAGGUACUCUCGCUUAACGUUAAGGUUCUGUUUGGACUUUUUUUUUUUUUUUUUUGUCACAAGGGAAUAAAAGUUGUCUCGACGCCACAAUUGC